AUGGAUCCGCCAAAAAACAAAUAUUCUGUGAUUCUUCCCACAUAUAAUGAACGCCAGAACCUACCUGUCAUUGUCCAGAUGCUGCACGACGUGUUUGAGGAAAACAUGCUCGAUUGGGAGAUCAUCAUCGUCGAUGAUGCUUCUCCCGAUGGUACCUUAGACCGUGCCAAAGAACUGCGUACCGCUUUCGGUCCUGACCGCAUCGUCCUCAAACCUCGAGCUGGCAAACUUGGUCUAGGGACCGCUUACGUCCAUGGUCUACGAUUUGUCUCCGGCAAUUUCGUCAUUAUCAUGGAUGCCGACUUCUCACACCACCCGAAAUUUAUACCCAGAUUUAUCGAGAUACAAAGGAGAAGUGAUUGUGAUAUUGUUACAGGGACCAGGUACCGAUCACGCAACGAAUCGAUUAGCGGCGUUUAUGGGUGGGAUUUGAAACGAAAGAUGACAAGCGUUGGAGCAAAUAUUAUCGCCGAUUUCGUGCUUCGCCCAGGAGUGAGCGACCUGACAGGCUCCUUCCGACUCUACAAAAAGGAAGCUCUCAUCAAAGUGAUUGAGACUACUGAAAGCAAAGGAUACACUUUUCAAAUGGAGAUGAUGGUUCGUGCAAAAGCAAUGGGUCUCCAAGUAGAGGAAUGCCCGAUCACAUUCGUGGACCGAUUGUAUGGGGAAAGCAAACUUGGUGGCGAAGAGAUACUGGAAUACCUCAAGGGCGUUCUUUGGCUAUGGUGGACCGUCUGA